AUGUCUCGCUCAUAUGCCUUCAAAUACAUAAUAAUCGGCGAUACUGGAGUCGGAAAAUCAUGUCUUCUACUUCAAUUCACAGACAACCGCUUUCAACGCUUCCACGACGUAACAAUUGGUGUCGAAUUUGGUAUCAGAACAAUCAAUAUAAAUAAUAAUUCAGUCAAGUUACAAAUAUGGGACACAGCAGGUCAAGAAAGGUUCAGAUCAAUAACAAGAUCAUAUUACAGAAAAGCAGCAGGUGCAUUACUAGUUUAUGAUAUAACUAGGAGAGAAACAUUUGAUCACAUGGCUACUUGGUUAGAAGAUGCAAGACAACAUGCAAGUUCAGAUAUGAUCAUUAUGUUGGUCGGAAACAAAAGCGAUCUCGCGGGUAAUCGCCUUGUUAGUACUGAAGAAGGUGAGAAAUUUGCAAAGGAGAAUGGUUUGAUGUUUAUGGAGGUUUCGGCGAAAUCUAGAGAAAAUAUUGAAGAGGCAUUUGUAAAAACUGCAGAAAGUAUAUAUAAAAAUAUCCAGGUUAGGGUUUCUGAUUUGUUGGAUGAGACUCAUGAAAUCAAAGUUGGAUAUGGUGGACUACCAGCAGAAGGUAGGGAUAAUCGUGAAAGCUCUUAUGAUUUGGGUAGAAGGUGCUGCAGUUGA